AAAAUUGUAUCGUCCAAUGGAUUAUGGAUGCAAUCUAGAAAUUUUCAGCAAAAUUAUACACAAUUUGAUGAUUGAUUAUGUAAUUUUGACGUAAAAUUCAGUGGUUUCAGAUUACUGGGCAUGCGCCAGUAAAAAUUGGUAAACUUCCGGAAUCUGGACCUGCUUCUUCCGGAAUAAAAGAGAACCUCCCAGGAAAUCUGACAGAAAUGGAUUAUUUGAAACGAUAUAUAAUCUGUCAGACUAUGGUUACUUAAAGUUACUGUGAUGCUCACUUACAAAGAGAGUUGACCAUGUAAUCACAUGUUUACUCAGAUAUGUUCCUCAACAUUCCUGUGGGUAUCGGUAAAUUUGGGUCCAUUGACCGGAGAAAUGACAAAUCAUCAUUGGAAUGAUUGGUGCUGUUCUACUAAUGUGAGAAAGUGAAAUUUGUUGUGAAGAUGAACAUGACUGAUGGAUACAAAACGAUGGUUUAUGUAUUCAAGCUUAAACUUCAUUUUGAUGUCAAUGGUGUAUGUUUUAUUUGAAUAAGCUUUUAAUUCGGGAGUCAUGGCAAAUGCAGACCCGGGCCGUGAUUACUCAGAUGAGGAUGCUGCCAUGAGCCAGGCCAGUGCCCCUAUGGAGGAGAAUGGUGCACACCCAAGCCCCGGCUCCAGUAAACAAAAUGGAAAUGCAAUGAGCCAUGUUGAUCGCUAUGGUUUCAUUGGUGGUUCUCAGUACACAGAUCCUGAUGAUGAAAGAAGGUUGCCAUCGGACAUUCUGAGAAAACGAGAACUAAAAUGGUUGGAGAUGUUUGAAAAUUGGGAAAAAUGGAUGAGUAAACGUUUUAAAAAGAUUAAAGAGAGAUGUCGUAAAGGCAUUCCUCCGUCUCUACGCUCCAGGGCGUGGCAGUACCUGUGUGGCAGUAAGUUCCUCAUGGAGAACAACAAAGGCAGAUUUGAGAACUACCUACAACAGUCAGGCGAUCCUAAGUGGAUGGACGACAUCAAGAAAGACCUGCACCGACAGUUUCCCCUACACGUGAUGUUCACAAGCAAAGACGGAUAUGGCCAAGAGGAUUUGUUCAAGAUUCUGAAGGCGUACACCAUCCACAACCCAAAGGACGGGUACUGCCAGGCACAGGCACCCAUCGCCGCAGUCCUUCUCAUGCACAUGCCUGCUGAACAGGCUUUCUGGUGUCUUGUGUCAAUCUGUGAAAAGUACCUGCCUGGUUACUUCAGUCCAGGACUGGAAGCUGUACAGGUAGAUGGCGAUGUGUUGUUUGGACUGGUGAAGAGAACGUCCCCUGCAAUAUAUAAACACUUAAAGAAGCAGGAUGUCAUACCAAUCCUCUACAUGACAGAGUGGUUUAUGUGUGUGUUCACGCGCACACUCCCCUGGUCCAGUGUACUUCGGGUGUGGGAUGUGUUCUUCUGUGAAGGUGUGAAGGUGUUGUUCCGUGUGGGUUUGGUCCUAGUUAGGAUUACCCUCGGCGAGCCAGGCACACUAUCUAAGUGUCCUUCACUCUACGAAACGCUGGAGGCUCUUAGGAGGCUGCCACUCCAACUGCUCGAGGAGGAGGGGCUUAUACAGGAAACGUUGCGGCUUAACAUUAAUGAACGAGACAUGGAGAAGGAGCACCAGAAACAGGUUCAGAGACGCAGAGCUAAAGAGAAGGCCAAGGAUGCCAGCCGCAGCAAGUCAAAAACUAGAAAGACAUGAUAGUGGCUUAGCAGUUCAUAUCAUCGUCACAUUCUCAGACUUCAUCACUAGGGAGAAGUGUGUUAGAGUUACGGUUUCUUCUCAAAUUCACCACUAGGGGGCAGCGACAUUCCCUGAGAGAGUCCUGUUUUACAUACAUCAUAAACAUAGACAUCUCCUGUGAAUAAGUCGUGACGAGGACGUGUUGUAAUCCUCAACCUAAUGUACUGUAGGUAUCAGUGUAAACAUUGACUGUGAUUAGCUGAGAGCUACAGUCUGUACUGAUGUACAAAAAUGUAUUACCUGAUGAGGUUUUGAUGUUAUCCCUCCUCUCAGGAUACAAUCUACACUGAGUUAGGUGGAAGCUCUGGUCCUUUGUUGUGAGCUCAACUCUCAGUCUUCAAUGGAAACUUCAUCUUCAGUCGACAUGUCUGUUGUACGACUCAAAUGCAACAUUAAUCUAUAAUAAUUGGAUGUGAGCUCAAAUACGACCUUGACCUUUAGAAAAAUUUCUUUACUCAAAUGAAGUGGUAUGUUUAAUGAAACAUUUUAUAUCAGACCUGCUGUGAUUCAAAAUGUCUGAAUUUUUCAACUCAUAAAAUUUUCCCAGAGGUUUAUAACCACUCCACCCUCCGAGCACCACACCUGUGUGAUUACACAGGGUAAUUAACCCAGAACAUGUGUUUAUUGUAAUGCAUAUGUGCAGGGUGUUAGAGGAAAUCAUGUAAAAAAAUCUCUUGACUCUUCAAAUUUAAGUAAUAACAAUUUUGAGAAUUUGACUGGAAUGUCCUACUCAUGAGGGUGUGUUUUUAAAUCAACAGAAAAGAACAACUGUAUUUGUGAUUUGACAAAAAACAGUAUUUGUGAUGAGAACUUUGUUACAAGUUAAAAAUCACUGGCAAGUUGAAUUUACCAUUGUAAAAUUUAGAAAUAAAAAGCCCAACUUAGAUCAAUAACUUAACAUUCCAUGAACAAAAAGCAUUCAGUUUUCAUAGAAAAAGUAUUUGUUGUUUGUCAUUUCAAUUUUGCAAAUUUCCGUUUCAUACCGGUUACACUUUCCAAGGUCACGCUUUGUUGUACUUAGUUGCAUUUAUGUGUUGAAUUGUAGAUCUGAAGUCAACCAAUAAAACCCUGUGUCAUAUAGUGAUGUGUCAAUGUAAGGAGGGCCUUUAUUGGUUGGGUGGAACAGUAAGAACGGUCCUGAUUGGUCGGACUCCGUUGAAUGUGAUAUGGAGGAUGUAACUGCUGCCUGUAGGUGCUAUACUGUUUGUCGAUGUGAGCUGAUGCUGUCUUUGACACCAAAUACAUGUGAUUUUGUCUUGUAUUAUCGCUAUUGUGAAUCAUGAAAUGAAUUAUUGUAUAUUUUUAUGUCAUAUCAUGGAUGACAUUAAUUCUGAGAAAAGCUGACUUUAUUUUUGUGAACUUUUAAUGAAUUAAGUGUCCCUGUGUGAGAUCAAAUGUAAUUGCAUAAUUUGUGAUAAGUUUUUCAGAGUGUCAGUGAUCUCCGUGACCUUUAGUGACCUUUUUGACCCUAUGAGUGCUGUGUUAUGUCUAGUGCAUAAUAUCAAAUUGUUACAGAAACCAGUUAUCAAAUUUUUUACAGGUUUUAUUUCAUUUUCAAAAUAAUUAAAUCAAAAUGCUGACGGUGCAAACUUGUACUGGAGACAUUGGCAAUUCCAGGAGUUUACAGUUUGUCCACUUUUUACUUUUUUAUCACACAAUUUGAUUGGAUUUUAAUUUUACGCAAAUUUGUUUUCAAAGGCUUUUCUCAAUUUGAAUCAUCAUUAUGUCAUGUAGAUUGAAAGAAAAAUAUUAACUCCAGCUUGAAAUAAAUAAAAAAUAUGUAGUAUGUUAACAAUAGCAUACAACUCAUAUUUCAUUAUUUUUCACAUCACUGAUCAUUAAAAAUUUUGAGUAUAAAAACUUCUGAGGAAGUAAUUUAAUCAAGGACAUUGUGUCAUCUGUCACCGGUUCUAGACAUCACACAUAUCUACCACCAUAUCUAGUUAUCUUUCCUUACACGUCACAUAUCACUAGAUUUGUUCAGUAAAUUAUAAUCAAAUAAAACAAACACUGAAAUAGCUAAAACAGGCAGUAUAAAAUGUAAAACUAUAUAAUUCCAUACUAGAACAUAGUAUUGCUUGUCUCAUAUUUUGCUAUUACUUGUACACAAUGUGUAUACAGAAAGCGUUGCUCCAUAUGUGUAGCCCUUCACAAUGGAAUCACUGUUUAUAGGCUGUGUAUAAACAUAUACGUACCAUUGUUAUGAAUUUUUCCUUAUUACUUAGUUCAGUGGAAAAUUCCAAUUUAAAACAUUUAAGGGGAUCUUUCCCCGUAUACAGUACUUAAUACACUGAUGACUUGUUAAUUGAUGAUAAGAAGUGGCUGCUGCUUGCUUUAAUUGCCAUUUAACACCUUUACCUAGGCUAGAACUCACAGGUUUAUCAAUGGUGCGAUACAAAUAUCUGUUGUUUGGUGCUUAAUUAAUCAGUGCAUGUACUAGAUUGAAACAAAAACCUUCUAAACUGCAGUAUGAUCCGCCAGAGGAACUUAAAACAUAUUUAAUGGAAGUCAAAACCCAGUUAAGUGCAAUAAAGAAGAAAUAAUGUAUAAUGUAUAUAAACCUGUUGUUGUGGUGCUUAUACAUGCUGUUGAGAAGCAUGUGCAAUGUAGAAUCCCCCUCCCUCAUCCCGACCCCUUCCCCUCCCCUUCCNUCC